AUGCAGCCAAAACGCCUGAUACUGGUGGUCUCCGCUAGAGGUAGACCGCAGUACUCAGACACAGAGGUCGCGAAAAGCGAAGGAGGCAGUGACAGUAAGGUCAAGAAGCCGGCCAAGAAAGCCGCUCCUAAAGCCAAGAAGCCCGCAGCGGCCAAAAAGCCUAAGACAGCGGCAGCUAAGAAGCCAGCGGCCGCUAAGAAGUCUCCCAAGAAGGCUAAGAAACCCGCAGCGGCCAAGAAAGCAGCCAAGAGCCCCAAGAAGGCUGCAAAGAGCCCGAAAAAGGCCACCAAGAGCCCCAAGAAGGUGGCCAAAAAGGCCCCUGCAGCCAAGAAAGCCCCCGCAAAGAAGGCAGCCAAGCCCAAAGUCAAGAAAGUGCUGAAGGGCAUCAUGAACUCGUUUGUGAGCGACAUCGCCGGUGAGGCCUCCCGUCUGGCUCACUACAACAAGCGCUCCACCAUCACUUCCAGGGAGAUCCAGACCGCCGUCUAUCUGCUGCUGCCCGGUGAGCUGGCUGAGCAUGCUGUGUCUGAGGGCACCAAGGCCGUCACCAAGUACACCAGCUCCAAGUAA